CCCCCGCCGGAAAAAAACACACAGAGAGGUAAAUCCCCGCCGUUUUGAGAGCCGCUGCCGAGGGCCCCGAGACCUGGGAAAGUCGUAAUAAUAGCACAACCCACAAACAAAUAAAUAAUAAACCAGAGAGAGGGAGAGAGAGGGAGCAUUGGAAAUGGCGGAUAAGGAACCCAGCGCCUCGACGUCUACCCGCAGCGACCUGGACAGCGUGGAGGGGACUAACUGUGUAGAAGCAAUGAAGCUACUUGGAACUGGAAAGAGACACAUGGUAAUGCAGGACUUUCUAGCAGCUGUCAAUGCCUUUCAGGAUGCGUGCAGAUUGUUGAGCACAAAGCAUGGAGAGAUGGCAAAUGAAUGUGGAGAAGCCUACUUCUGUUAUGGAAAAGCCCUUCUGGAGUUGGCAAGAAUGGAGAGUGGGGUUCUUGGCAAUGCCCUGGAGGGAGUUCCAGAAGAAGAUGACGAUGAUGAUGAAGAGGAAGAUAAUGAUGAUGAAGAGGCUACAGCAGCACCUGCAAAGGAUUCCAAAAUAGAAAGUGCAGGACAUAUGAACGAAAAAGAGAGGGAUGAAUUGAGGGAACAGGUGUAUGCAGCACUAGCAGAAGAAAGCAAGCCAGCAGAAAGUGAGGUUGCAUCUAAAGCUGACGGUGAUCAAGGUGGAAAGGAAGAAAAAGUUGAUCCUAUGGAAAUGAGCAAUACUGACAAGGAUGAAGAAGUCAAGUGCCCUACAAACAAGGAGAGCCCUGACCAGAAUGAAAUGAAGACCAUUGACCAAAACGAUGCUGGACAAAUGAAGGGAAAAGGAGAUGGCCUUCAGGAGGAGGAAGACUCUAGCAAGGAAAUAAAGAAAGGGAUUUUGCAGGAAGAAGAUACUGAUUGUAAAGAACAAGUGGGAGCAGGCAAAGAGGCUACAGUAGAUCUCCCUGUGGAAAAGGAUGAUGAUGAGGAACAAAAGGAUUCCACCAAGGAAGCAAAGGCUGAUGCUGAAGCUGGAAAACAAGCAACAGAAGAAGUCCAGCCUAUGGAGAAGGUUGAAGGUGAGAAGGAUGAAGCCAUGGAAGAAACUGUACAGAUCGAUGCUGGCAAGAAGGCAACUGUAGAGAGCCAACCUAUAGAGAAACAAGCUGAGGAUUCCACCAAGGUAGAAAUAGUACAGAAUGAUGAUAGCAACAAGAUAGCAGAAAAGGACCAUCCUAUGGAGGAGACUGGGGAUAUCAAGCCGGCGGAAGCUGCCAAGGAAGAAAGUGUCCAGAUUAGUGCUGCUAAAUUGACAACUGGAGAAGAUCAUCCUCUGGAGAAAGGUGAUACCAUCGUAGACCAAGUCCCUCCCGUGGAAAGGACUGCUCCAGCAAUGGUGGAUGCAGAUGUCGCUGGUAAAAGUGAACUGGAAGGAAAAGCCAUUUCUGAUGGGGUUAAGCCUGGCAAAGAUGAGGAAAAAACUGCCAUUCCUGUGAAGAUCGAAGAAUCGGAUAAAAAAUCUGUUACGGAUGAAAUGAAAAAUGAAGGCGAGAAAGAAAGUCAGAAUAUUGUCAAGGAGGAAGUUCUUAAAGAGGCUCAGGAACCAAUUGAAGAUACAUUUGAGAAGUCUCAUACUGAUGAUCAAGAGGAGGAACAAGCCAAUCCUGAAGAACCAAUGGAAGAGGGUGAAGAUGCUUCCUGUGCUACAGAAGGGAGUGAAGAUGAGAAGGAAGAGGCUCCCGUGGAGAAGGACGCAGAAAGUGAGGAGGUUGAUAAUUUGCAACUGGCCUGGGAAAUGCUCGAAUUGGCAAAUGUAAUUUUCAAAAGGCAAGAAACUAAAGAAGCUCAACUCUACGCAGCUCAGGCAUAUCUGAAACUGGGUGAAGUCGGAAUAGAAUCUGAAAACUACAUUCAGUCCAUUGAGGAUUUUACCGAAUGCCUGAACAUUCAGGAGAAACAUCUUGCGCCACAUAGCCGGCUACUGGCUGAGACUCAUUAUCAGCUCGGGUUGGCUUAUAGCUUUAACAAUCAAUACGAUCUGUCUGUGAAGAACUUCAAGCAGUCAUUCUCUGUAAUAGAGAAGAGGCUAGCCAUGUUAACAGAAAGGAUCGAGAAAAUGGAAGAGAAGGGAAAAUCUCCUGCCAAAGACACUGAUGCGGUUAAUGAAGACAAACGAGAGAUUGAGGAGCUUAAAGAGCUGCUGCCAGAGAUCAAGGCAAAAAUUGAAGAUGCAGAAGAAUCCAAAAGUGAUGGGAAAGCCACUAAGGAAGCUCUUAAGGCAACACUGUCUGGAGCACCGGCCUCUUCGGGUUUUGCAUCAGGAAGUAACUUGAGCAGUGCGCCUGCAAUAGCGAUACCGGUCAGAAAAGCAUCUGAUGAAGCCUCCACUUCUAGCUCGUCAACAGCUGCUUCAAAUUGUGUAUCUAAUAUCUCUCAUUUAGUACGGAAAAAGUUCACAUUGCAGAGGAAGCCAGAGGAAGAUGGUGAGAGGGUUGACAAUGAGCCGAAGAAACCCAAGCAGGAGGAAUCUACUGUCAAUGGUGGAUGUGGUGAUGCAGCCCACAGUCGGAACGGAAUGUCUGUGGAAAUGGUGGCAGACGAUACAGUUACACCCAAGAAGUCUGAGACGACGGCUCAAAGUGCUAGUUAAUAGAAGUUGCAGAAGCUUCCCACACAUGGACAUUUUUUGUACAUAAUGUAUUUUUUGACUGGCUUUUUGAACUUUUUGUAAGACAUUGUGGAAAAAUUCAAUAAAGGAUGUUAUUUGCAAACCA